AUGGAGGGCGUCGGGGCUCGGCUGGGUCGUUCGUCGACCCGCUAUGGUCCGGCGGCGGUCUUCAGCGGGCCGGUGAGGAAGUGGAAGAAGAGGUGGGUGCAGGUGGCGAACCCCAACGGCGGAGCCGCUUCCCACGCCGGCAACGGCAGCGGCAGCGGAAACAGCAGUUCCCAUCUUGUCCUCUACAAGUGGACGCCGACCUCCUCCCAGAGCAACGCCUCCGUCGCCGCGGCCGGCGGGGUGGCCGUCGCCGGCAAGGUUUCGGCGACGGAGGAGUCUCCCCGGCGAAAGUUUCGUUACGUCCCGGUAUGAGUUUAUGUCUAAAUUUUUUGGUGGUAACCCCUUGGUUUGGCAAUUUGAUCGAUAUGGGGUUGGGGGUGAAGAAGAUGUUUCCAUGGCUCAUUGCCGCUUUCUAUUUCUCAUGUCACGAGGGCUUGCAGUCUAGCGCUCUAGUGAUCGCUAUUUAGCACACUCACGAAUCCCCCACUUGCAUCACCAAUAGUAAUCCAUACGCGUGCUAGCUAAUGACGCGAGUCUCCUGUCGGACGUUACGAAUUUGAAAGAAGUUUCUUUCCUAGGAAACAUGGGUUUUUUAUGGACACAUUACCUGUAAAUACUUGUGGUCGUUUGACCUUGCCAAAUAGGUACCACGGAAACGACUCUGUUGACUUCGUCAAAAGCUAACUUGUUGAUGCCAUCAAACAUAUCACAUGGAGGCAUCAGCUUGUGUGGUGCUCUGAUAUCUUAAGACUUACUGAGCUAAUAUAUCGUUCUUGCUGAAUUUAUUCGUAGAUUAUGUAGUUUUACAGGAGAACCAUGAACCCAUUCUGCAAGUAUAAAUUUCUGACGGAGAAAUACCUGGCGCUAUUUGUGAUAGAGCACAGAAAUCUUUCCGCAAAUAAAGAGCAAGUGUACUUUUGGUGACUUUGGACCAUAUCUUUUUAGAAUGUGGGACACUAAACGUUUUGCGGAAAAUAUUAUUGCUAGCUGUCCAUGGUUAUGCUUGCAUGUUCACAGAAGGAUGAUUUGUUGAGCGAAGGAAAAUAUUUUUACCCACAACUUUUGUGGAAAUUUUGGAUGUUGAGGAAUGGUUGAUUUCGUCAACUUGAUUGGAAAAUUUUAAAAGGGCUAUUGACACUGGUGCAAUGGAGUAGUGAUUGGUCAUGCUAACUACCCUAGCUCAGAGAAAAGUAGAAUAUUAUUGGUCAAUCCCCUUUUCAUUCUUGUUCAGCCUUUUUUUAGGUGAGCAGAGAUGUGUUGAAGCAUCCUUUUGAUUUUACUUUCAUUGACGAACUAUGCUACUCAUGUCAGUAAACUAGUUCGAUCUUAAAAAUAAACGAAAAAAGUGGUCUAAUCACUGGUUCGCUGCCAACAUGGGAGAUAAUGCAUCAUGCAAGUGCUAAAAGCAUUCAGAACCGGCGACAGUGGACAGUUUGAAUGUCUGGGAUGCACUUUGAGAAUAAAAUUCAAAACAGUGGAAGCUGAUGGCUGUUCCUAGUUGGACGAUAAACUGCAAGGUUAGGAAGUGUUCCAUAUCUACCUAGCGAUCUUUAUGUAGAUUCAUGAGGUUUCAUCUGUACGAGUAUUGUUAUCUCUAAUGUAAGCUUUGGUUUCAUUUAUAUCGAAUCUUGGAGAAAAAAAUGUUUCACACCGUGCAAAUCUACAGUGCAUGAAUUUUAAUAUAUGUACAUACGUGUGUAUAUGUAAAUCUGCACGAUAGAGAUUCUACAGUUGCCAUCUCCAUGUCUUCUCACAAUAGACAUGGUGCUAAAGCUUCGAUAUACAUUCAAUUUUUGAAUUCUUUUGGUUUCUCUUAUACUUUAGUAUAAAGCUUUUGAAGAAUUUAUUAAAGUUUCUCAUGUGUUUUUAUUUCUUCAUAUGUCUAAAUUGGAGCCUCCAACAAACCAACAACUGAUUCUUAUUGGUACACAGAUUACAAAACUUCGGGGAAUUUAUGGCAGGCAUCUUUCCUUGAAGUCAUUUAUCGUUUCAAAAUUUCAGCUUUCUAUGAUUAACAAACAUAAAUUUGCUGAAAUCGAUGAAGAUUCCGCAGCAUGAACAGUAUUUCUCCUAGUAGGAGACAAGUUUUCUGAGGAUUAAGCUUCAACUCACUGGACUCUAAAACGUUUUUUCACUGAAGUGUUUCCCUCUAUUUGGUUCAUCGCUGACCACUUUACAAUCGUAACAUUGUGUUGCCUUUACUAUCUAAAAUGAGUUGCCUCUGAUGACCUCAUUUCUCAUCCCAAUUGGUUUCAUUUUCUUAAAUAUGGUUGAUAUAUUGAUUUAGUUGGAAACCACUUUUUUGGAGGAAACCAACUUACCCACAUGCCAAAAGAAGCUUGCCUUUUAUCCUUUCAUAUUUGGUAAAAUUGAUUUAUUAAUUAGCUUAAUAUUUCACUCUUGUUCUCUCCAAGGAAAAAAGGGGACAUAGGUAUUUGAUCAGAAGUUAAUCCUUUUUGUUGCAUCCUUCUGAGUACCAAUCCCGAUGGCAAACUGUGGUCGUUCCUUCUUUUAUUUUUAUCUAUUAUGAAAUUGGCAGCUGCGACGAAUGAAAUGAUGGUUUCACUUCCAUCUGCACAAGAAAUGGAAAAAGCAGAGCCAUACUCGUUUUUAUUUAGGAAAAUAUGUUCCCUUUUUCUAUGGACAGACCUCGUUUGAGAGGUGAAGUUAGGACCUUUUAACUUUGAUUUGAUUUUCCUUUCGCUUUAGAAAGCUUCUGCGACCAGAUAUUACCUUGUCAUAUUAAAGUCUGCCAACCUUUGCUAUUUUGAUCACAUUCUUUACCAUCGAAAGGUGUAUGAAUCCCAUAGGGCUUGACCAGAAUCGGGUUCUUCUCUUUCACAACCCUUGAACAUAGUGCUGUGUAUGAAUCUGAGAAAUUUGAAUUACUACCCCGCCCAUGAUCAUGAUGGUCAUUUGUUGAGUUAGAAAUAAUGCUACCUUUUUUAUUUUAAAGUGGGUAUAGUACAUAAGUCCUGCCUUGCUGACUUUACAUUCUAUCGAGGCUUGACAAGCGGAAAAACCAAGUCAGAUCACAUCACUGCAGUUUACUACACUCGUUGGUUCUUACUGAGGUGGGUUGAGCUUGUACUAGCCCAUGUCAAAACACUCUUAGAAUCAAGCAUCGAUUCCAUUCAAAAGGCUUUCAGGGUGCUGCCCGAUUUUUCUUAAUGUAGAUUUGAUGAUGGGCACAGGGAUUAUCUAUUCAAAUCGAUGGACAUGGUGAGUUGGAAAAUCAAGCCCCCAUUGUGUAGACUCUCGCAAUUUUUUUUCCCUGGAAGGAUUAAAUGUUCCCUCUUUUAUUGAAGUCCUCCAUUUAUAGAGGAAUCGAGGAAAACAAUGGCAGGAGAUCAUCUUAUCCACUGGCUUCUGAUGUGAUCUAUGCUCACUACCUGUACCAUCUCAUGGAUGGUGGUCAACGUUCAUGCAUAAUUCUAUGCACAGAUAAAAAGGUCCAUUCCAGUACCCGGUGUUCCAGCUUGUUUGUCAUUGUUUAAACUGUCAAGUGGUGGCUUACUUCUUCGUGCAUUGGAGGCCUCUCAUCAGCUUGUUUGUAUACUUUCUGCGAGUUCGAAAUGGCGAUCUCAUGGAGUUUGCUCAUAUGAUUAGCUAAUGAGAAAGCGGAUGGGCUCAGCAUGCUUCUUCUUCUUCUGCCAUUUUAGGGUUCUUCACAUCGAGCAAACCCCUAGAGAGCAGAGAUUCAUGGGUGGAACCUACUUACUAGGGCUUUUUAAGUGGGUUGAAUUCCUUGGGAUCAGCAUGCUUCUGCGGAUUUGAUAGGCUCAGUUACUCCAUCCUAGUUCAUAGAUGGAAGGCCCGAUGACAUACUUUUGGCCUAUUUAGGAUGAGGAUGACAAGCGCUGGCGAUCUUCUAUUUUUUAUUUUUUUGUUUCAUUUUUUAGGUAAAAGUGCUGAUUGUGGGCGUGUUCUUUUAUUUUUAGUUGCGACAAAUUCUCACCAGACUGGUUACUACGCAGGUUUCUGUGAUUGAAGAACAGAAGCAAGAAGAUUCUGCGAAAACAGAUGAGGAGACCAAGCCGAGAGACGGUGAGUCUUUUCCCAGACAGGCAAAGAGUGUCAGUUCCGAAGAGAAGCCCGAUGUCAACGAUGUUCCCAAGGAAGAAGAAACGCAGGUACCAAUACAUACAAACAUCCUCCGAGCGCGCAUCUAGAUCUCCCCUCCAAUUCUCUUUCUGAGCAAGAUUAUCAUGCGGUAUCAUUUCUAGAUCCUGAUUUUGAGCUAAUAGAGCAAAGAGAAGUGUUUUCUUCUUUUCUUUUCUUUUUUUUUGAGAAAAAGGGUUUUCAGUGUUGGAUGAAUCGGAUUGUAAUCGCCGAGGAUUCAUAAACCGCAUCUUCUUCUUCUUUUUUUCCAAGGAAAUGCAUCUGAUAUACUCCCGGAUUUUAAUCUUUUGGGAAUCAUUUCUAAUCGAAGUGCAUCUUUUUAGCCCAGGGUUCUUUUUUUUUUUUUUUGAAAGAUCUCGCCGUCUUUUCUGCUCCGAUGAUUAACCAAGAAGAAGAAACCCACCCACUACUUCACUGGAAUUCCUAGCCAUGCAUGGCAAGGCUUCUUCUUCUUCUUCUUCUAUCUAUUUGAGCAGAUAACUGAGAGAAAGGGGGAGAGCGGGGGUGUUUGUAGGGUGCAGGGCCGGAGCGGGAGGCGGGGGACGCCCACCUGGACCUCAGCCUGGGCUUGAAAUCCCACGACGGCGAGCGGAGGGGUUGA